CUCCAUAACCUCUCACAUUCCUCUUACUACAAGAACCACCUAUGCAUCAAGAGCUAGAUCGAGACAUAGGGCGAAUAUGCCUUCCGCCGCUUCCCUGCGGUCCGUACUCGCGUACGCGAGCAACUUCGUCUCGCAAUUCCCUCUAGGCCUCCCUGACCUACCGAACCCGUUCUCGGCCCCCAACCCCCAGACGCCUCCAGCUAUCCACGUCGAGCCCUCCGUAACGCCGUACGAGCCGUACGAGCCCUUGACCGGAACUCCGUCCUGUCCGAUCGACGGCCCCGUGAGCUGCAACAACAACACGGCGGCUGACUCGUGCUGCUUUAUCCACCCCGGCGGGCGGCUGCUGCUCACGCAGUUCUGGGACGAGAAGGUCCACGUCGGCGGCAGCGAGGAGGACUGGACGCUGCACGGCCUGUGGCCGGACCUGUGCGAUGGAUCGUAUGACCAGUACUGCGGGAUGGCGCCACGGUUCGAGAAUAUCAGCGGCGUGCUGGAGCACUACGAUCAGGGUGAGUUGCUGGCGGAUAUGAAUCGGUAUUGGAUUGCGAAUUACGGCACAAACGACCACCUAUGGGCGCACGAAUACAACAAGCACGCGACGUGCAUCAACACGCUAGCACCCAACUGCUACGGCGACAGCUACGCGCCGGGCCUCGAGGUCGUCGACUACUUCGUGCGCGCCUUCAGCCUGUUCAAGCAGCUCGACACGUACUGGGCGCUGCAGCACGCCGGCAUCGAGCCCGACUACAAGAAGACGUACGAGCUGGCCAAGCUGCAGUCCACGCUCGAGCGCUUCAGCGGCGGGAAGGUCAUCCUCAAGUGCGGCGGCCGCCACCGCAACGUCCUCCACGAGGCCUGGUACGUGUACUUCGUCAAGGGCAGCUUGCAAGGGGGCGACUUCGUGCCCGCGAAGGACAGCUUCAAGGGCGAUCAGGGGAAUUGCGCGAGCCAGGUGAGGUACCUGCCUAAACGCCGUAAGUGAGCGAGAUCCAUGGCGGAGGGGAGAUUGUUGGAAUACGGCGGGUUUAGCAUUGUGUGUGGCGUUUGGGACUUAGGUUGAGUGGUUUAUAUAUGUGUGUCUUGGUAUCAAUGGACAGAUUUGGUUUAUUGCGAUAUACAGCGAUUUAGAAAUUGGGAAUUUUAUCAGUGCUUUUUUACUCGUUGAACGAAUUGCCUUACAUUGGCCUUGAGGAUGGUUGUGUGAAUAAAGUUGCCUUAUAUUUGUGGUAACGGAAACUAAUAUGCGGUGGUAAAUCUAUUCUGUAUCCUUGAUAUCUCAGGGGCAAGUAGAAGGGCCAGUGGCGCAAGAAUUGAGCGAUGGAUACUGGUAUCUUACAGAAAUACCAGAAUCUACGUACCUAAUUAUUUGUUAUCACUAUCUUCAGUCUACAUUGAAACGUGUCUGCUCCUGGAUACUCAAUGAAAAUAGCUAAACAA